AUGCAAUGAUAAGAUCAUAUUGAAGCGCUUACAAUAAAAUCGUAUAGCAUACAUUAAUAAUUUGUUUUAUUGAAUAAUCAUGGCAAGUGAGAGUAUAGACCUAGAUCAAGAUUUAGCUCAAAGACUUCUAGUCGAAGGUGCUACACUAGUUGUAUUAAAUGUACCAAGUGGCACAGAACUAGGAAUUGAUUUAAAAUCUUGGAACACAGCAGAUACUUUUAAAGGCAUCAAAAUGAUCCCACCAGGAUUUCACUAUGUUCAUUAUAGCGCUGUAAAUGAAUUUGGAGAAUCAGCACCCAAAAUUGGUUUUCUUCAUACAUUUACAAAAUCAGAAUUUGUAGUCAAACGGUGGGAUGCAAAAGCAGAAGAUCUUAGUUCAGAAGCUGUAUCAGAUGAAACAGUCCAAAGGUUGAAAGAUAACUUAAAAGAUUUAGAUAGAUAUCUGGGAUGUUAUCCUUAUGAUGUAUGGAAGCAAUGGAAAGACUUAACAAAUCACAUUAGUCCUACCUUGGUUGAACGUUGUUCACCUCUGUGUGGGUUUGUUCAGUCAGCCUUAGAGUUAGAGCAUUGUAGUGAUGCAAUGAGACCAAGGGGUGGGGUGUCAAGUCCAAAAAGAAAGAGGAGUGGAAUUACUGUAGAAGAAAAGGAAGAAGAGUUGCUUCCUGAUUUGAAACCUAAGCCAGGCACAGAGCUUCGGUUGUCUAAAGUACCCAAUAAAAAUUAUCCAGAUGGAGCAUCGCCAAGUGAGAUCACAAAGCAUUCCCUUGAUUCCAGCUAUGCACUAGAAACACUUCUCAAGGAGUUACCACAACCUAUGGAGAUUAUUGGUGAAAUGCAGCUGGCAUUUGUUUGUUUCUUGGUCGGACAAAGUCUUGAUGCAUUUGAACAUUGGAAGAAACUUGUAUCGUUUAUCUGCGGUGCUGAUUCUGCGAUACCACAGCGACGUGGCAUCUACAUGGAAUUUAUGAAAGCGUUAGAGAUCCAAUUAACGCACGUACCCGAGGAAAUACUUUGCGACAUUGUAGCUAACAACAAUUUCGUUUACUACAAUUUACGCAAACUUUUUGCAAAUAUUGAGGCUAAUUCAGAUAUAGAUGGUCGGUUGAAGUGUCACGCCUCGCGAUUCCGCAGUCGAUUAUCGACCAAGUUCUCGUGGGAUUUUUCUAAUUUACAAGAUGAUAGUGACGAUGACGCGCCUGUAGUUGUAUCUUUGGAAUAAGGAUCUGAAUAUAUGUAUAUGUACAAUACGAAUGAAGAUCAACGAUACUCAAUAGAAAUGAUA